CUGUCCUGUCUUCGAGAUCUGCAGCGUCCUCGCGAGAUUUGAGCAUGGCCGAGCCAGGCAGAGGGUGGGUGUCCGGGGUUUCUCAGGAACCGGUGCCAUAAGGACUUGUUGUGUGUGCAAGGUCAGCAAGCGCAGGGGUCCUGGAGUUGGACUGGUCUCCACCCUCUUCCUUAAGCUGUGACCUUGGCCUUAGUUUUCCAGUCUGUCAGAGGGGGAUUAUGGUGCACAGGAAGUCUGCUAAAAUCAGCUGCAGGGCUGAUCCCACGUCGCAGAUAUCCUGAUGGCCUCAAGGGUCGUUUGUGUGCGUCUUCUCAGCUUGGAUGCUGCUUUGGCAGCCGUCUCUGCCUCAUUUGAGGAAUCCCUGGCCUGAGCCCUUCUGUAUCUCAUGGAUUUAAGUCAUGGUUUCUCCUCACAUUAGUUCUUCAGGGAAGAGACAGAUGACUAGGCAGGUGGAAAUGACCACUGAAGGUGAGAGGCUUUUUCUCAGGGGUUUCUAUGCCUGGUGACGUCCCAGAAAAUAGUAAUUAACUGUGGGGCUCGGAUUGAGGUCCUUGAUCUCAUGGGUCACGUUAACUGGACUCUCUUUCCUGGGUUCUGCUCCUUUUCUUAUCGGCUCUGCUGUUUAUUAAGCUGUGUCUGUGCUGCAUGGAUUCCAAGGACAGCUCUUGAGCACAUCUGUGAGGAGGGUGAGCAAGGGAAACAUGAUGUGGCUGCUGGCCUGGGAAUACACCUGUUCUAGGCGUGGUGGAGGUCUGAGGGUUGGGACUGGGCUUUACUCUACUUUUGAGAAGGAUUUCUGAAGCAGCUUUGUGAUUUGGGAAGCCUGAAGUACCAAUGGGAGACCCUGCAGAGCGACCACCUUCUGUCAGAAGCACACACAAACAAGCAGGUUAUUGAUGGUGCCAUCCCAUUUAUGUACUGCUUGAUGCUUUGUUUUCCUAAAGAAGCCGCAUGCUACUGGAGGUGGCUGCCUGCCCAGCCCAGCGCCAUGCAUACACUUGUGUUCCUGAGCAUGCGGCAGGUGCUCAAGUGCCAGUCAGCUGCCUGCCAGGCCUUGCCCCUGCUGCCCCGAGAACUCUUCCCCCUGCUCUUCAAGGUGGCCUUCAUGGACAAGAAGACAGUUGUACUGCGUGAGUUGGUACACACAUGGCCCUUCCCACUCCUCAGCUUCCAGCAGCUCCUGCAGGAGUGUACCCACUGCAGCCGGGCCCUGCUGCAGGAGCGGCCCAGUACUGAGAGCAUGCAGGCUGUGAUCCUGGGGCUGACUGCUCGGCUCCACACCCUGGAGGGUGAGGCUGGCACACAACCCCUCUGCAGGAAGCAUGCUCUUCGGGUGCUGGAUAUGACUGGUCUCCUGGAUGAUGGUGUGGAGCAGGACCCUGGUACCAUGAGCAUGUGGGAUUGCACAGCAGCUGUGGCCCGCACAUGCAUUGCCCAGCAGCAUGGUAGGAAUGCAGAGCAAGGGCAGGUUCCUGUCCCUGUGGAGGUUCGUGUGGAUCUUCGGGUGAACCGGGCCUCUUAUGCAUUCCUUCGUGAGGCACUCCGAAGCAGCCUAAGCAGCCCACUUCGGCUCUGCUGCCGGGAUCUCCGGGCUGAGGACCUGCCCAUGCGUAAUACCGUGGCCCUGCUGCAGCUUCUGGAUGCAGGCUGCCUGCGCCGUGUGGACCUGCGCUUCAACAAUCUGGGCCUGCGUGGCCUGUCUGUCAUCAUCCCACAUGUGGCCCGUUUUCAGCACUUGGCCAGCCUGAGGCUGCAUUAUGUACAUGGGGAUUCAAGGCAGCCCUCCGUGGAUGGCGAGGACAACUUCCGCUAUUUCCUGGCUCAGAUGGGCCGCUUUACCUGUCUUCGGGAGCUCAGCAUGGGUUCUUCCCUCCUUUCAGGCAGGCUGGACCAACUGCUCAGCACUCUGCAGAGCCCCUUGGAGAGUUUGGAGCUGGCCUUUUGUGCUCUGGUGCCUGAGGACCUGCAGUUCCUGGCACGGAGCUCCCAUGCUGCCCACCUCAAAAAGCUGGACCUAAGUGGGAACGACCUGUCAGGCAGCCAGCUGACACCCUUCCAGGGUCUGUUGCAGGCAGCAGGGGCCACACUGCUGCAUCUUGAGCUGACUGAGUGCCAGCUUGCUGAUGCCCAGCUAUUGGCCAUACUACCCACCUUGACUCGCUGUGUCAAUCUCCGCUAUCUUGGCCUGUAUGGCAAUCCAUUAUCCAUAGCUGGCCUUAAGGAGCUGCUGCGGGACUCAGUGGUGCAGGCUGAGUUGCGCACUGUAGUGCACCCCUUCCCUGUGGACUGCUACGAAGGUCUUCCCUGGCCACCCCCUGCAUCUGUCCUGCUGGAGGCCUCCAUCAAUGAGGAAAAGUUUGCUCGUGUAGAAGCUGAGUUGCACCAGCUACUGCUGGCCUCAGGCCGUGCCCAUGUGCUCUGGACCACAGACAUCUAUGGACGCCUGGCUGCAGACUAUUUCAGCCUGUGAUCUCCAAGCUCUGGAUGAUACACAGAAUAUGGCCAUAUGGAGAGACUCACCCAGCUCCAGAACCCUUCCUGGGCAAGUGAGGGCCUCCUGUUCCUGCAGUGACAUCUGCACCCUGGUGACUAUAUUCCUUGGCUGAGUGCAAGCGGCUCCCAGGGCAAGGGCUUGGGGAAUGCCAGAUGGGACAGUCCAAGGACCAGUUAUCCAAGCAUGAGCAGAAGCAGGCUCUGGGUAGACAUGUCCCCUUAUCCUCUCACUGUGGGGACUGGCAGGAACCUAAGGCUCCUUUUGUGCCCCCAGGACAGAGGUUCCUUUUGUGCCCCCAGGACAAGGCCCAGGUCCCUACCUGACCUUGUCCCAGUUAAUUCCAGUUCUUUUUGUCCCUUGCACUUGUGCUGUCCCCACCUUGAGGUUCAUCUGUCAUGACCUGAAAGGAGACAAUGGCAAAACUGGUUUUGGAGGAGCCAUGAGCCAUAGGGAAGUCCAGGACGAGCUUGGCACAGCACCUGCUAUACCUUCCUAGGAGUGGAGGUGGGUAGAGUGCUUGGAAAGAGGUGGGGCUUAUUCUCAGGUAACUUGUACAAAAUUGGAGGAUGAGACAAUAGGAAAAUCAAUUCAGGAGCCAUGGGCUUUUGCUUUCCAGGCUGCCUUGCAGCAAGCCCUCUUUUUGGUAGGUGGAAUCCUGGGAAAGCUAAGGUAUAAGGGCUUAGGCUGCCAAAUAGGUUUUUAUUUUUCAGGUCCUGGGGAAUAAAUCAGGAAUUUUACACUGAGAUAUAUUUUACAUUCCCUAUCCUUUUUAUUUUUUUCUUAAUAUUGAGUUGGGGUCUCAAGUCACUAAGUUGGUCAGAUAGGGCCUGAACUUGUAAUCCUUCUGCUUCAGCCUCCCAGAGUGCUGGAAUUACAAAUGUCCACCACCAUA